AUGGCUAGCCGCAAAACUAAAGCUGCAGCUGCAGUAACAUCUCCCGCCAAUGUCGGCGUCAAACGAACCACUGCGUCUCGCACAUCUGCUACUACAGCACCAAAACCAUCAAAAGUAACGAAGAAGCCAGCGAAGAAAGUUGCCACUACCAAAGCUGCCGCUGCUAAGGUUACAAAGGCUGCAAAGGCUGUAAAGGCUGUAAAGUCUGCUGCUGCUAAACCCGCUCCCAAAAAGACUGCCAAGAAGCCAGCUCCUAAAAAAUCAAAGGUUGCGUCUAAGCCAGCUCCAGAGGAGGAUGCUGAGAUGGAGGAGGAGGAGGAAGAUGUUGAGAGUGCUACAAGUGACAAAGAGGAAACACCAGCACCAAAGCCUGCCGUUAGCCGAAAGAGAAGUCGAACUCAAGAAUCGGAGGCCUUACCUGUUGCAAAGAAACUCAAGAUCGGCCCUAGCAUCAACACUCCACCUACCGAGCGACUUGAUGUCUAUGUUUUUGGAAGUGGAGAAAACAAUGAAUUGGGUUUGGGUGCAUCUAAGAUCGAUGGCAAAGCACCCAUGAAUGUCAAGCGACCACGUUACAACCCGCUCCUCAAAGGAGUUACCCAAGUUGCUGUCGGUGGUAUGCACUGCGUCGCGUUGACUGAUGAUCAAAGAAUCUUGACAUGGGGAGUAUCUGAUGGAGGAUCUUUGGGUCGUGACACUAGCUCAUAUGAAGCACCGGCCAAAGAUAUGGAUGCUGAUUCUGAGGAUGGGAACGAGGAAGAUAUCGUUCUCAACCCAGUUGAGAGUACCCCAACGGCUAUCUCUUCUGAUUUCCUCGAUGGAAGAAAGGUUGUUCAAGUAAUCGCCAGUGACUCUGCUAGCUUCGUGCUCACUGAAGACGGUUAUGUAUACGGUUGGGGUUCGUUUAUUGGAAAUGAUGGUAUCAUCGGUUUCACUGCUGAAGGCGCGUCAAUGGCGGCCAAAGAACGCGACGGUGAUCUCAAGAAGAAGCUCCAGAUCCAGGUAGAGCCCAUACUCAUUCCUGGAUUAAAGAACAUCAAGUCAUUGGCCCGUGGUGGCAAUCAUAUCAUGGCACUUGAUAACAAGGGAACCGUUUUCACCUGGGGAGCGUGCGAACAAAACCAGCUCGGUAGACGAGUCAAUAACCGUUUCAAAUUCGCCGCACUUACUCCAACACCAGUCUUGAAGAAGUGUAAGUCGAUUGCUGGAGGUACCUAUCAUUCCUUUGCCAUCAACACCAAAGGCCAAGUCCUCGCAUGGGGUUUGAAUAAUUACGGUCAGACCGGUAUUGGCUCAAAUGCUGGCGAAGAUGAUGCGAUCAUCAGUAACCCAACUGUUGUUAAGGGAUUUGAGGGGUUUGAUAUCAAGCAAAUUAAAGGAUGUCUUCAUCACUCAAUUGCCUGUACUGAGAAGCAGGAGGUCUUGGUUGUUGGACGAUGCGAUGAAGGUCAAAGUGGUCUUGAUUUCGCUAGCGUUGACCAAGAUUCUCUCAUCGUUAGCUCCACCACCUCUAAGCCAGCAAUUCUCAAGGUUCCAACCGUUGUUCCUGGUAUCGCAGCCACUUUUGUAGCUGGUGCAAUCGAUAACAACAUUGUUCUGACAGAAGACGGCAAAGUAUGGGCAUGGGGAUAUGGUGAGAACUACAGGACUGGUCUAGGCAGUGACGAUACCACCAGGACACCUACCCUCAUCGAAAACUCUGCCAUCAAGGGCAAGAAGAUUACCUUUGCUGGUUGUGGAGGUCAGUUCAGUGUCAUUGCUGGACCUGAGGUCACAGUAAGCAGCGACAAGUAG